AUGGUCAUCACCACGACGUACUCAAGCAGCGAACUGCUGUCGUCGUUCGCCCGACACGCAUCGGCCGUAAAUGGUGGUGGUUCACCCUCCACGAUGCUGCAGCCUCUGUCGCUGCCGCCAUCGCACGUGUCGCACAUGACCGCCAUGAUGCAAACUCCCUGUGUGAUGCUGGACACGCCGCAUCCACACGCGUCCCACGUGGCGCACCUGGCUAUGCACGGCCCGAACGUCAUGUGCGACUCGCCGCAUAAGCGGUCCCCGCUGCUGUGCGGCUACCCAAGCAAGAAAUGCUGGAGCUGGCGCGUGGAAAAGCGCAAUGGCGAGCUGCACAAGUUCUGCGAGUACCACCGUCAGAAAGCCAAUACGAACCAGCGCCGCAUGGAGCAGCGGCGCAAACAAGGCCGACCGGCGUCCCCCCGUUCAAAGAGUAUCGGCAGUAUGCGGCGGUCGCUCAAAGUCUCAGCGGACUCAAAGCACGAGAUCGUGAUCAAGGCCGAGAUCGACGCGAUGCUUGUGAAUAAGUUCUGCGCCCACUCUCAAGCUAUGCUCGACUCGUCUUCAUCUUCUGGUGGCAGUCCUCGAGGUAUCGACGGCUUCGAUGAUGGCAGCUCUGCUGUGGACGAUGUCGCAAUGCUCUCGUGGAUGGACGCCGAGCUGGACGUUGGCAUUGGCAUGGACGCGGCGGUGGAGUACAUGAUGGUGGAGCCCCCUGUGAUUGACAUUGAGCCAUCGGACACGCCCGUGGACUUGUUUGAGGAAGAUCUCUUCUUCCUCGAACACUUUAUCGACGAGAUCUCGCACAGUGCCGUGUAA